AUGGCCCAGCACGAUUCACCAGUGAAAGACACAGAUAAUCGUGGAGUGAUCUCCAUGAACAAAAUGGCCUUACACGACUCGCAACUGCAAGAGAUGGAUAAUCUUCGAGAAAAGAUGAGAAAGAAAACCGCCCAAUCCGACUCGCAAUUGCAAAAGAUCAAUAAUUUUGAAGAGAUGAUGCUGAAGAACAUGGCUCAUUACUACACGCAAUUUGACAAAAUGAAUGAUCGUCUUGAGAAGUUGGAGAAAAUGGCCCAGUACGAUUUGCGAAUGAAAGAAAUGGAAAUUCUUGGAGAGAUGAUAAAAAAGGAAAUGGACCAUUUCAUCUCACAAUUGGAAGAAAUGGAUAUUCGUAGAGGAAAUGUGGAAAGGAGAGUGGCAAAGCAAAUGGAAGAAUUGAAUAAUCGAGUAGAGAAGAUGGAGACUGAUAUUAUCCAGCAUGAUUCAAAAUUUGACGAAAUGGGCCGUUGA